CGGAGCUGCUGGAAGGGGCUGUUCCGCGCCGGGGCCGUUGGCUCCAGACAAAUAAACAUGGAGUCCAUCUUCCACGAGAAACAAGAAGGCUCACUUUGUGCUCAGCAUUGCCUGAAUAAUCUAUUGCAAGGAGAAUAUUUUAGUCCAGUGGAGUUAUCCUCAAUCGCACACCAGCUGGAUGAAGAGGAGAGGAUGAGGAUGGCAGAAGGCGGAGUUACCAGUGAAGACUAUCGCACAUUCUUACAGCAGCCUUCUGGAAAUAUGGACGACAGUGGCUUUUUCUCUAUUCAAGUUAUAAGCAAUGCCUUGAAAGUGUGGGGCUUAGAACUAAUCCUGUUCAACAGUCCAGAAUACCAGAGGCUCAGAGUUGAUCCGAUAAAUGAAAGAUCCUUUAUAUGCAAUUAUAAAGAACACUGGUUUACAGUUAGAAAAUUAGGAAAACAGUGGUUUAACUUGAAUUCUCUGUUGACGGGUCCAGAAUUAAUAUCAGAUACAUACCUCGCACUAUUUUUGGCUCAGUUACAGCAAGAAGGUUAUUCUAUAUUUGUUGUUAAGGGUGAUCUCCCAGAUUGUGAAGCUGACCAACUUUUGCAGAUGAUCAAGGUCCAACAGAUGCAUCGACCAAAGCUUAUUGGAGAAGAGUUAGCUCAGCUGAAAGAACAGAGUGCCCUCAGAGCAGACCUGGAACGAGUCCUGGAGGCCGCCGACGGGUCAGGCCUGUUAGAUGAAGAUGAGGAUGAUUUACAGAGGGCUCUAGCCAUAAGUCGCCAAGAAGUUGACACGGAGGAUGAAGAAGCCGACCUCCGUAGGGCCAUUCAGCUCAGUAUGCAAGGUAGUUCCAGAAAUAUGUCUCAAGAUAGUCCACAGACAUCAAGUACAAACCUUACUUCAGAAGAGCUGCGGAAGAGGAGAGAAGCCUACUUUGAAAAGCAACAGCAGCAGCAGCAGGAGGUAGACCGACCUGGAGAGGUUUUACACCCGUGUGAAAGGCCGACCACAAGUUCAGGAGGACUUGGGAACAAUCAAGGUGGUGCUGUGAAUGAAGAAGACAUGCUUCGGGCAGCUGUGACCAUGUCUUUAGAAACCACUAACGAGAAUUUGAAAGCAGAAAGAAAAAAAUAGCACCUUUAAAUAUCAUUUUGCUACUCAUCCUUUCUGACAUUGUCUGUGUGAUACAUUGUAAGGUCCACUUUGGCAGUAUGUCCACCAGAAGAGAUAAGACGCUUCAGUGGUUUAUAAGCAAAUGACCAGAAAGCCAGAAACGUGUCAUAGGAGUAAGUAAUGAUCCGAUGGUAGCCAAAGAGGCAGUCAGCAAUUAAAGAAAGUUAAGGUAGUUUUCUAAAUGUCCCUCCUUAUUUUUCUCAUGUGCAAUAUCUAACUGAAAUUAUGGAAUUCUUCUUGGCUCUUUGUGGACCAACUAACUAGCUCUUGCCACAGAACUUGAUCUUGUUUUCAUUUUCUCUCUUAGUUACAGGUAGCUUGGCUCACCUGAGCUUUUAUUUCGUAUUAGACCAACCUUUUAUGGAAAUGCUUUUCGUCUAUCUUGUUCAGAAAGAUAAAUCUGUCUUCUUGUAUAUAUUUAGGACACUUGGAUGCUUCCUUCUGUUAUUUUCUGUUUUUUGCUAUACUCCCACAACUUUUUGGUUUUUUUGGGACAGGGUUUCUCUGUGUAGCCUUGGCUGUCCUGGAUUCGUUUUGUAGA